AUGGCUGGAAAAGCAGGGGAGCCCCGUGUCCCUGCCACCUUGCAGAAAUCCCGCCUGAAAGCCGAGGAGAAGAUCCUGGAUUUUGACUUCCAGCUGGAGAGCGUGCAAUUUAAUGAAACAGGGAGGUAUGCCCUGCGGCUGACAGCAGAGAAUCCUCUGGUGGAGGGCUCUGGAGCUGGGGUGCAAGUGCGGGUGAACGAGGGAGAGGUGCUUCAUACCAACACGGCCACCACCGACGUGGUGGAGCAGACCAACCUCAGCGAAGUCUACAUGUUUGAGAAGAGGAGGUUCCUCUUCAUCCUGCCCAAAGGCUUCUGCAAAAAUGAUAAAAACCACGAUGCCCGGCUGCGGAUUGAAGCCUUGCGCCUGCGUGGCUCUUUCCUGAAGACCAGCGUGAAGACAGGGGAAGCUUUCUUCGCUAUUUACCCCCGCACUAACCAGCCCAGGAUGAACCUCUUUGCUAGCAAGGAAGAAGAUUUGUAUCGUUACGGCGACAUUAUGGUGCUGCUCCGGGCGGGAAGCGAUGACCUGGCCAUGCACUGUGGGCGGCUGGCUUACACUGUGUCGUUCCAUGAGCACCGACCUGGCGCCAAGAGAGAGAGACCCAUCACACCACGCCGCCUGUCUCCUUUGCUACCCCGCAAGGAAGGAAAGAUGCCGGUGGAGACUGGAACCACUUCCCCGGCUCCCUUACAGUUGUUGGGGGUCCCCCCACAGAUGACCCCAGGAAGUUCCCUUCAACACCCGUUUGUGGUGUCACCAACUGCAGAAUCCCAGACUCGUCAGGGCUCGCUGUAUGGCCUGCUGGCGUCACAGAAAGAAGUCACCAAUGAAGGCACCCAGGACUUUUCUGAGGAAGAGCAAUCUUCCCGGCCAGCUUCCUCUUCUUCCUCCUCCUCGCUUGCUCCAGCUUUGCCAAAGAGGUUGCCAAGUGAUGCCAGUCUUCACCUGCCUUCUCCAGGGAAUAGUAAAUCGUGGUCCUUCCAGAAAUCUUUUUCAAGGGCCAGGGUGAAAGAAGAUCCAGCUGGGCCAGGGCAACCUGUGUUGACUUCACACACAAAUGACUGGCACCUGGCAAAUCCCGAAAAGGAAUCCAUCACCGUUGUACUGCACGGUGCCUCCAAUCUGCCCUCAACCCGCAAGGGAAAUGUUCCCGACCCGUAUGUCAUUGUCAAAACCACUUCAGAUGAAGAAAGCAAACAGCCAGCUCAGGGAGUGACCCACGUCUCUGCACAACCAACUUACGCUCCAACCUGGGAAGAAAGGGUGACAGUAGAAAUUGACUCCGUCAAGGCAGGCGAAGAAGAUGUGUGUCUCAUUGUAGCUGACAAGGACACCAAGGAAGUUCUUGCGAAAUACAACAUCCCUGUAAAAUACCUACGUCCCUUUCAUCAUUAUCACUGUGCCCUGGUGCUGCCUCGGAAGAAGGACCCAGUAGGAACCAAGUUAUAUGCUUCCAUCAUUCGCAAAGGCAGCCUCAUCCCACGUUAUGCCGGAGUAAACUAUACAGGGCUGGAGGUUUUCCUCAAGGGAAUCAAUGAGCCUCUUGCGCAACCCGAUGGCAAUGUCAAAGCCAUUGCUAGGAUAGUGAACAAUGUUGGAGCUUACACAAAGGAGAUGGAAGCUCGGCUACCUGAUGCUCCUGCGGUUCCCUUGACUGUGGUGAAUUUCCCAGGUCCUGUGAUGGAGGAUUUUGAUGUUCCACGAGUCAGCAACCAUGGGUACCCACAGGUUUCUUCACUUGGUGGGCCUCCUGAACAGCCCAUGUGGAAUAUGUCCUUCUUGUUUCAAGGAAGGGAUGGUGCUACUGCUUUUUCAGAUGAUACUGCCUUGCUAAUUGAAUACUAUAAAUCAACACCAGGAGAAGAUCUGGAAGGCACAUCAAAGUUUCUAGGUUUCUCCGUGCUGCCACUGACCAACCGGGUUUACCGAAAGCUUGUGGCAGAUAGCAGCCGAAAUGGAAUUAGGGUGGAAAACCUACCCAUCCAGGAUACCAAUAUGAAAACCACGUCUGGGGGAAUCCCAACUGUCCAACUUGGUCUUCACUUGAUCAGUUCAGAGAGGCCAGAUGUGUUUCUGACUUCACCAACCACAGAUGGUCUUCCCCUCCUGGAUCCAAAGUUGGUGAGACAGCUUGGGACUAUCAAGGAACCAUGGACAAGACCAUCUUCCAAAACUGAACAGAAGACUUCUGUCAUUCCAGUCAAAGAUGCUACAGACUCUUACAUUGAACCUGACCAUAAGACUUCCUACUUCGAUCUGGUAGAGAUGCAAAGGAAUGGGCUGCCAUCGCAUGAUGCGGUUGCCAAGAUCCUGCCUGAAAAACACAUCACCAGGCCCGUCAUUGAAGAGGUCCAAGAUCUGGAAACAGACAACUACCGCGCAGCCCUGCAAAAGAUGGCGGAUGACAUCCUGUCUUUGCGCCGUCAUAUUUCCACGCUGGAGGCGGAAAACAGUGCGUUGAGGCGCACUCUCUCCUUGCAUGAGGAUGUUGGCCGGGCCCUCUUUCAGGACAUUGACCUGGAUGUCAUGACCAAGGCAGAAAUAGUCGACAGAAUACUGGGUCUCAAGCAAAAAUUAUCUUCUGGGGCUCGGGAGAUGGCCCGGAUGAAGGAUCGGAUACAAAGGCUGCAAAAUGAACUGAUUCGGAAAAAUGACCGAGAGAAAGACUUGGUGAUGCUGCAAAGAGCUCACCAGCAGCAGCAGAUGGUGCUUCGAAAGUACCAGGCCAAGAUAGCCAAGAUGCAAACCCUUGAGGAUGCCGUCAGGCAGCAGGAAAAGGUAAUCGAGGGAAUGGAGAAGAUGCUGGAAGAGAAGAUGAAGAAGAAGUUCAAAGAAGCCCAGUUUGGAGAUGUAUCCAGAAGGGCUGUCUCAGGUGACGACUGGCCCAAAGAUAUCUUCCCCACCCUGUUGAUGGAGAACAUGAGGCUACGAGAUGAACUGGGGAAAUCUUCUUUUCAUUCACCCAUCAUACUGCAGCAGCAGGCAUUACCAGAUGCAUUUUCCUCCGGCACAGAAAAGCUCUCAUUGAUUUCAAAACUGGAGAAGGCUGAGGCACGCAUCCUUGCCUUGGAACACCAGCUGGAGGACUCUGCCAAGAAUUGGGGUCGAGAGAAGCAGAAUUACAGCAGUCGUCUACUUGAAAAUGAGCUUGGGUUUGUCCGAUCGCCAUCCUCGCCCAUAAUUCAUGAUAUUUUUCUGGUGAGCAAUGGACAUAAACAACAGGAGCAGUCUACCAGGGAAAGCUAGAUAAACCUUCUGGGGGUCUUCAAAGGUGAUACCCAUGUGUGAAGGACCAGUCCAAGAUGAUUUGCUUCCUUAGGUGAAGGACAGCUUCACACUGAAGUCAACCAGACAGGGAGAUGGACCUUCCUCCAGCAUUAGGGAUGGGACAGUGUCCAUCACUGAAGCAUAUGCCACACAACCUGCACACAUCUAUCCUUCAGCAAGAGGACCAUCUGCAGUUCCACUCUCCCUUUUAUUACUGUCUCAGAUGGACCUUUCAGUCUGUGUUGUCACGAGGUUGGCCUGCCUGAGUGGCCAAAGCACAUUUUCUUCCUUUCUAAAGGUGAUGGGUUUGAAACUUGCCUUGGUUGACACUCAAAGUGUGGAAGGACUUGGAUCCUGGAAA